AUGUCCAACGUAACCAUGACAGACCCUGUCCAAACCAAAGACUCCACGGUCCCCCAGGAUCUCAAGGCGCGCAUCAAGCAGUCUUAUGACGUCAUUUCCGAAACCUAUGCGGACUGGACCAAAGACCACGCCGACGUCAAGCUCGAGUUUGUCAACAAGCUCAUCGACUUGAUCCCCGGCCGCCCUGACGCCAAGCUGUCAAUCCUCGAGCUCGGCGCUGGGGCCGCAACCCCAGUGACCGAGCACGUACUCGCCACGCUGCCCUCUGCCCGCGUUACGGCCAACGACAUGUCCAGCUCCCAGGUCGCGGCCGGCAAGGCGAAUCUGCAGAAGCUCGGGUUCGGCCCGAACAGAGUCGAGUGGCGCGAGGGCGAUAUGAUGGCCCUGCGGUUCCCGGCCGGGACCUUUGACGCGACGCUGGCGUUUUACAGCAUCAUCCAUCUGCCGUCGGACGAGCAGCGGGUGAUCAUGGCCCGCAUCUUCGACUGGUUGCGGCCGGGUUCCUAUCUCCUGGCAAACUUUCCCGAAACGGCGCUGGGUGACGCAGUCACGCAGAAGUGGCUGGACCACGAAAAGGGCUGGAUGUAUUGGAGCGGACUCGGGGCGGAGGAGACGCUUCGCUCGUUAAAGGCGGUCGGGUUCGAGAUUGUGGUCGAGGAGCUCCGGCGCGAGCAUGAGCAUUCUGUCUUUCUCUGGGUCAUUGCGAGAAAGCCGGCGUGA